AUGGCUUUCUUCUUUAACUUUGUCGCAAUAAGUUUCUUCGUGUACCACCUGGUCCGGCUGAUUAUGUGGGCCGUGCUGGAUUCGGACAUUGAGCUUUUCUUUCUCUCCAAACUCGGCAAACCCAUCUCCUCACUCCGAGGGAAAGUGGUUUGGAUUACCGGAGCGUCAAGCGGAAUCGGACGUGAUCUGGCGAUCGCACUGGCAAAACAUGGUGUAAGACUAUGCAUCUCCGCUCGUAACAUAUCCGAGCUGUUAAAGGUGAAGCAGGCCUGUUUAGCAAUAUCAAACGGAAGCCUCGGACCGAACGAUGUGUACGUGCUGGAGAUGGAUAUGCUGCACCUAAACCAUCACAAUGACUACUUCAACAUGGUUCUCGAUCACUUCAAAACGGUGGACAUACUGGUGAACAAUGCCGGACGAUCGCAACGGGCCGAGUGGGCCUCGAUCAAUAUUAAGGUCGACCGGGAGCUGUUCGAGCUGGAUGUGUUCGCGGUAAUCAAUCUAUCCCGCGUAGCGCUGAAUUUUUUCGCACGCAACUCAAUGAAGGGCCAUCUGGUGGUGACGAGCAGUACGGCCGGACUUAUUGGGGCACCAAACUCGGGAACGUACACCGGUGCCAAGCAUGCACUACAUGGAUACUUUGAGGCGCUGAGAAACGAAUUCCCCAACGUACACGUAACGAUGUUCUGUCCCGGACCGACAGCAACAAACUUCCUGCAGGAAUGUUUCACCGACACACCUGGCGCGAAAUAUAAUCAAUCCGUUCAACCGACCGAUCGUCGUAUGACGAGCGAACGCUGUGGACACCUGUAUGCCCUGGCAAUCGCGAACAAGACCCAUCUCAGCUGGGUCGGAACGUUCCCGAUUAACUUUCUACUUUACAUCGGCUGCUACUAUCCAAACCUGAAACGAGUUCUGCUGAAAAUUGUUGGCAUGGAGCGCCUGCAGCGUGUUCGCGAUAGCCGGUAA